GACUGAGAAAAAGAAAAAUAAAAAGGACUAGCGGAGAAACAGAGAAACCUCUACUUGUUGCCGGCCGCCCCUCAUUCUCCUCUCCGCGCUUCCGCCUUCAGGUUCCAUUCGGUCGAGAGAUCUCUCUCGUUUCGGUGAUGGCUCCGGUCUCCGCCCUUGCGAAGUACAAGCUCGUGUUCUUGGGGGAUCAAUCGGUGGGGAAGACCAGCAUCAUCACCAGAUUCAUGUACGACAAGUUCGACAACACCUACCAGGCUACAAUUGGCAUUGAUUUUCUAUCUAAGACUAUGUACCUUGAAGAUCGAACUGUCAGACUGCAACUUUGGGAUACAGCUGGGCAGGAGAGAUUUAGGAGCUUAAUUCCGAGCUACAUUCGGGAUUCUUCUGUUGCUGUCAUUGUGUAUGAUGUCGCAAGCAGACAGUCUUUCUUAAAUACUUCAAAGUGGAUUGAAGAGGUUCGCACAGAGAGGGGUAGUGACGUUAUCAUUGUCCUUGUUGGAAACAAAACAGACCUUGUUGACAAGAGGCAAGUCUCAAUAGAGGAAGGAGAAGCCAAAGCUCGAGAUCUUGGUGUCAUGUUUAUUGAAACAAGUGCCAAAGCUGGCUUCAACAUAAAGGCAUUGUUCCGGAAGAUUGCUGCUGCACUGCCGGGGAUGGAGACUCUCUCGUCUACAAAGCAGGAAGACAUGGUUGAUGUGAACUUGAAGGCUACCAAUGUAAAUUCAUCCCAGUCACAGGGACCAUCUGGAGGAUGCAAUUGCUGACACUUAUCCAUGAUCUGCUAUCAAGUUUCAACUGCUUCAGCUAGGUUCGCAUCGGCACUUAUCACCUUUCUUUUUAGAAUUGCAUGGACCUACUUAGAAAAGAAAUGGGUGACUGAGGUGGUGCUGGGUGAAUCACUCGUCAAUUUGUUGUCAUAGUAAAGGUUAUUUCUAGCACAUUCAUACAUAAUUGCUAGUUCAUGAAGAGAUCUUUUAGUAUUGUAAUUGCAGAGUGGUACUAAGGGGACUAUCAGAAACAUAUAAAACAAUUGUAGGUACAGGUGCUGCAGUUAAUUCCUGUCUUCGGGGGUAUAGAUAGAAAAUAUGCAGUCAGAUCAUUGUGGACAUUUUCAUAUUUAUACCUGAAUUGCUGGUAGUGGCAUCGUUGCAUUCAUUACUGGAAGUUCUGGCACCGGACUGCCAUAUGAAGGUGUUGGAUCUGUGCUGCUGCUCAUCACAGUGCAAGAUUCUAGCAAGUGCAAUAAAGAGAAUUUUGAUUUAAAUUACUAGUGCAAUGCGGCGAUUCUGUAGUUGCUAAAAGUGAGAAUUUGUUAUUGCUGUUGGUGCCCUGACACAUGUUUCAAAUAAAGUUAUAUGCUUAAUUACAUUUUUUUGAAUA